CAUGCCAAAAAAAACUAGAACACACAGCAAAUAUCUUUAACAACAUAAUCUAUAUUCUUUCCCUGUUGGCCUCAGAAUCCAGUAAAAGUACAACUUGCAGAGAUUCACUAGAUAGUAGCAAUGGCCUCAACCUCCUCCUCCACUCUCUCUAUAUCCUCUUCAUCCACUCUUGUUGAUGCCAAGGCUCCAAGACAAUCACCAGCUUCUUCCCCACAAUGUGUCACCCUUCCCACUCUGCCUCCUCCACCACUUCAGCCUCAGACUCGUACUUGGAAAACCACUGCCUUCUGUCGCAAGAUUGCUCGCAAUGUUUUGGGAAUGGCUACCACGAGAGAGGCACCCGCAGCAGAAAUUGCUACAACUGAUUACACCGUUGCUGAGCCGCCAGAGAUUGUGAAGACUAUUCAAGAAGCUUGGGACAAAGUUGAAGAUAAAUAUGCAGUGAGUUCACUGGCCGUAGCUGGUGUGGUUGCUUUGGUGGGCUCAGCUGGGAUGAUCUCAGCCAUUGAUAGGCUUCCUUUAAUUCCUGGGGUUCUUGAGGUUGUAGGCAUUGGCUACACUGGGUGGUUUGCUUACAAGAACCUAGUUUUCAAGCCAGAGAGGGAAGCUUUUAUACGAAAGGUAAAAGAAACAUGUAGCGAAAUAAUUGGGAGCAGCUAAAUGAGUGAGGAAUUGCUGCUUAGAUGCUGUACGUUCACACAAAUUAAGAGAAAUGUCUUGCAGCAUUUUGUUGAAGAUGCAACCGUGCUUCAUUUUGUCGCAAUAUGCUUCUGACCAUACUUUGUCCCAUGUAAUGUAAUCUAGCAUGAAAAUAAAUGUAACUUUUUAAAUAUAUCAAUCUACUUCAAGAUUAUCCCUGUAUGGUUUCGAAGUUAAGAAAAAAACACGUGCAUGGAACUGAAUUCAUGAAUUUGAAGGAUAA